CCGCAGCUCCUGCGCCCGCUGCAGUGCCCGCGCCCCUGUCCCGCCUCGGCUGCGCGCUCAGCCAGCCCGCCGCUCCCUGUGACCUGGGCUCUGCCCCGGGCACGGGGUGGAACGGGCAUGGCUCUCAGCGGGGACGCCUCGCCCGCCCUGGCCCUGGCGCUCCUGGCCGUGUCCCUGGCUGGGAUCCGAGCCCAAGGCGCAGCCCUCGAGGACCCCGACCACUAUGUGCAAGAGGUCUGGAGCCGGGAGCCCUACGAUGAGCGCCCUGGACCAGAGCUCGAGCCCUUCUUGCCACCGCUGCCCGAGGGGACCGAGGAGAAGGAGCGAGAGCCGCGCCCGCGGGACCCCGGGCCGCCCAAGCGGGCGAAUAAACCCAAGAAAGCGCUCAAGAGAGAAAAGUUAGCUGCAGAGGCGCCUCCAUCAGGUAAAAAUAGCAACAGAAAAGGCAGGAAAAGCAAGAGUCCUGAGAAGGCUGCCAGUGAUGAUCACCACGUCCCCACGGCUCACGAAGAUGUCAGAGAGAGUUGUCCACCUCUUGGUCUGGAAACCUUAAAAAUCACAGACUUCCAGCUCCAUGCCUCCACAACAAAGCGCUAUGGCCUGGGAGCACAUCGAGGGAGACUCAACAUCCAGGCAGGCAUUAAUGAGAAUGACUUUUACGACGGGGCAUGGUGCGCAGGCAGGAAUGACCUCCAUCAGUGGAUUGAGGUGGAUGCCAGGCGCCUGACUAGAUUCACAGGGGUCAUCACCCAAGGAAGGAACUCGCUCUGGCUGAGUGACUGGGUGACAUCCUAUAAAGUCAUGGUGAGCAAUGACAGCCAUACAUGGGUCACUGUUAAGAAUGGAUCUGGAGACAUGAUAUUUGAAGGAAACAGUGAAAAGGAGAUCCCUGUGCUCAAUGAGCUGCCUGUCCCAAUGGUGGCCCGCUACAUCCGCAUAAACCCACAGUCCUGGUUUGAUAACGGGAACAUCUGUAUGAGGAUGGAGAUCCUGGGCUGCCCACUGCCAGAUCCUAACAACUAUUAUCACCGACGGAACGAAAUGACCACCACUGAUGACCUGGACUUUAAGCACCACAACUAUAAGGAAAUGCGCCAGCUGAUGAAGAUUGUGAAUGAAAUGUGCCCCAAUAUCACCAGAAUUUACAACAUUGGCAAAAGCCAUCAGGGUUUGAAACUGUAUGCUGUGGAGAUCUCUGACCACCCUGGAGAGCAUGAAGUCGGGGAGCCUGAGUUUCACUACAUUGCUGGAGCGCAUGGCAAUGAGGUGUUGGGCCGUGAGCUGUUGCUGCUACUGCUGCAGUUCCUAUGCCAAGAGUACUUGGCCCGGAACACCCGCAUCGUUUGGCUGGUGGAGGAGACGCGAAUCCACAUCCUGCCCUCCCUCAACCCUGAUGGAUAUGAGAAGGCCUAUGAAGGGGGCUCAGAGCUGGGAGGCUGGUCUCUAGGACGCUGGACCCACGAUGGAAUCGACAUCAACAACAACUUUCCUGACUUAAACACACUACUCUGGGAGGCAGAGGAUCGGCAGAAUGUCCCCAGGAAAGUUCCCAAUCAUUACAUUGCCAUCCCUGAAUGGUUUCUGUCUGAAAAUGCCACGGUGGCCAUGGAGACCAGAGCUGUCAUAGCCUGGAUGGAAAAGAUCCCCUUUGUGCUGGGUGGCAACCUUCAGGGGGGCGAGCUGGUGGUGGCAUACCCUUACGACAUGGUGCGGUCCCAGUGGAAGACCCAGGAGCACAGCCCCACACCCGAUGACCACGUGUUCCGCUGGCUGGCAUAUUCAUAUGCCUCGACACACCGCCUCAUGACAGAUGCCCGGCGGAGGGUGUGCCACACAGAAGACUUUCAGAAGGAGGAAGGCACUGUCAAUGGGGCUUCCUGGCACACCGUCGCUGGAAGCCUGAAUGACUUCAGCUAUCUUCACACGAACUGCUUCGAGCUGUCCAUCUACGUGGGCUGUGAUAAAUACCCGCAUGAGAGCCAGCUGCCGGAGGAGUGGGAGAAUAAUCGGGAGUCUUUGAUUGUGUUCAUGGAGCAGGUUCACCGUGGCAUCAAAGGCAUGGUGAGAGACUUACAUGGAAAGGGAAUUCCAAAUGCCAUCAUCUCUGUAGAAGGUGUUAACCAUGACAUCCGAACAGCCAAUGAUGGAGAUUACUGGCGCCUCCUGAACCCUGGAGAAUAUGCGGUCACGGCAAAGGCAGAAGGCUUUACAACUUCCACCAAGAACUGCAUGGUUGGCUACGACAUGGGGGCCACACGGUGUGACUUCACACUCAGCAAAACCAACCUAGCCAGGAUCAGAGAGAUCAUGGAGAAGUUUGGGAAGCAGCCCGUCAGCCUGCCCACUAGACGGCUGAAGCUACGGGGUAGGAAGAGACGACAGCGUGGGUGACCCCCAAGCCGGGCCCUCGAGAUUCAUCAAAGACCCAUGCAUAUGAAACUCACCCUAAUAAUAGCUCCAUAGGGGACUCACUCACUGUUGUUUUCUCUGUAAUUCAAGGAACACCUGGGAACAUGUGCAUUGCAAGGGGAGAGGAAGGCUGGAGACUUAGGAUGUUUUCUUUUCUUUACUCCCACUUAUUCUAAUACCUUUGAUGGGGCAGCAGAGAACGGCUGGUGAGAGUGAGAGAAUUCAACAAAUAAACCUAGGAAUCUGAGCGAUAGGACCUCGAUGGUUUUCCUCCUGGCUACCAGGAAGGGGAACUGAACUCUGCCUGUUUGCGUGACAGCAGGAGUUUCCUGUGUGUUUGCAAUUGGCACAGCUGACUUUGCAGCACUCCCGGACUCCUGCUGUCCCCAGUGUCAUCAUUUGAGAUGCUCUCAGGCAUCCUAAGAGAAUCCAUCCACUUUGGCCCCAGGACAUUCCAGGCCGCUAACAUAAAUUCUGUAUUCUCCUGACAAUAGAGCCGUUACCAAGUGAGCAUCAGUGAGUCUCACGAAUCAGCUUAGCUUCCCUUUUCACAAAGCAUGGUGUUCAUAAAAGGACAGAGAAGUGGAGUUAAUUCUACACUGAUUGCUGCACAGGAAGCAUCGUGGGGCUUAUUUGCAUGCAAGCUGGGCUCCCCGAGAAACCCCCAAACUCCUUGCUGCUCUAGUAGCCUGAGUGGUUCUGUCAGUGGGGAGAACCACAGGUGCCAGCCUUCCUAAAGGGCCAGGUAAGUUAACCUGGGUCGUUUUUGGUUUUGAAGACUUGAAAAGAUCCAGAAAGAGACUGACUUGAAGACCCCUCUCUGCCCAAGGUGUCAAGCCCUGCAUGGAGAUGAAUGCUCCCGUCUUGGCCUGCCCUCAGAUUGAGAAUUACUUUUUAUAUUUAGAAUGCCAGGGCUUCUAAACUAGGCUACAUUUGAUGACAAACUCCUAGCAUUACCUGUGGAGCAUCAGCUUGGCAGGGGGGUCAUUGAAUUGCUAUGUAAGGAAACAGCUGUGUCUCACUUUUAUUCAUGUUGCUGCCUCAUUGAUCUGGGAAGAAUGAAAAAAAAUAAAACAAAUGGUAGGA